AUGGCGUCAGAGGAGCGCGAGCUCCGCGCUCGCCAACGGCUGCGGGUGAUCGCGAGGCACCUGCGGCGGCCCGAGCUCGAGCUGAGCCCCAGCCAGUGCCGCGCCGCGCACAGCUCCGGCACCAUCCCCCGGCGGAGGCAGGAAAUCCUCAAAUGGAAUGGAUGGGGAUACAGUGACUCCAAAUUUACUUUCAAUAAGAAGGGACAAGGUGAAUUUACAGGCAAACGGUAUCGACAUAGUGGUAUGAUCCUGCCUGGUUUGAAGGAGUGGAUGGAAAAAUCCUUUGGAGCCAGCUUGGAGCACAGAACAACUCCAAGGACGACGCCAAAUGUAGAUGAUCUUCCAUUACCUAUUCUAAAUGAAGAGUAUCUCAAGGAUCUUAAAGAAGUAGGUGUGCCCUUCUCGCAUGAUCCAGAGGACAGAUUAAUAAGAGCCCAUGGUCAUUGCUUACAUGAGAUUUUUUCUCUACGUGAAGGGAAAUUUGAACGUAUUCCAGAUGUAGUUGUCUGGCCAAACUGCCAUUCCGAUGUGUUGAAGAUAGUUGAGCUGGCUACCAAGCACAAUGUUUGCAUCAUUCCAUUCGGUGGAGGGACAAGUGUUUCCAAUGCUCUGGAGUGUCCCGCAGAUGAAAACCGAAGCAUAAUUUCUUUGGAUACUUCACAGAUGAAUCGAAUAUUAUGGGUUGAUGAAAAGAACUUGACGGCUCAUGUGGAGGCAGGCAUCACUGGACAAGAUCUUGAAAGACAGCUUGGUGAACAGGGCUAUUGUACAGGACAUGAACCAGAUUCCAUGGAGUUCAGCAGCCUGGGAGGCUGGGUAGCUACCAGGGCAUCGGGCAUGAAAAAGAACAUUUAUGGUAACAUUGAAGAUCUGAUUGUGCAUAUAAAAAUGGUUACACCAAGAGGCAUAGUCGAGAAAAGCUGUCAAGGUCCACGAAUGUCGACUGGUCCCGAUAUCUACCACUUCAUUAUGGGAUCUGAAGGAACCCUAGGUGUAAUUACAGAAGUCACGAUAAAGAUCAGAACAUUGCCCGAAUAUCAGAAAUAUGGUUCUGUGGUUUUUCCAGAUUUUGAACAGGGGGUGGCCUGUUUACGGGAAGUAGCACGACAGAGAUGCGCUCCAGCAUCAAUUCGAUUGAUGGACAAUACCCAGUUCCAGUUUGGCCAUGCGCUCAAACCACAAGUGGCCUCCAUUUUCACUUCUUUUUUGGAUGGACUGAAGAAAUUCUACAUUACCAAGUUCAAGGGGUUCGAUCCCAAUGUGUUGUGUGUGGCCACACUACUUUUUGAGGGUAGUAGGGAGAAGGUUCUUCAACAGGAAAAGCAUGUCUAUGAUAUUGCUGCUAAAUUUGGGGGCCUGGCAGCGGGAGAAGAUAAUGGACAGCGGGGAUAUAUGCUGACAUUUGUGAUUGCUUACAUUCGGGACUUGGGCAUGGAUUAUUACAUCAUAGGAGAAUCAUUUGAGACCUCUGUUCCUUGGGACCGGGUGCUUGAUCUCUGCAGGAAUGUGAAGGAGAAACUAGUAAGAGAGUGUAAAGAAAGAGGUGUCCAGUUUCCUCCCCUUGCUACAUGCCGAGUUACACAAACCUACGAUGCUGGAGCAUGUGUGUAUUUCUACUUCGCUUUUAAUUACAGAGGUUUAAGUGACCCAAUUCAUGUAUAUGAUCAAAUUGAGGCUGCAGCCAGAGAAGAGAUACUUGAGAAUGGAGGAAGCCUUUCCCAUCACCAUGGAGUCGGUAAGUUACGGAAGCGCUGGUUGAGGGAGAGCAUCUCUGACGUCGGGGUGGGGAUGCUGAAAUCUGUCAAGGAUUUUGUGGACCCCGACAACAUCUUUGGAAACAGAAACCUUCUGUAAAGCAAACGAACUCGUCCACAAGCCGAAGCUUGGAAUUUUGGAAGGUCAGCAAAUCAGGCCAUCUUAAAAGAAGAAAAAUAUCUACGGACUAUCAAAAGAAGUAACACCUUACAUUUUGUACACAAAAACACUCCGGUAGAAUUUAUUGACUAAUAUUGAUUUCUUUAUGGGAUACAGAAGACAUUUUUGUGGAAAAAAUGUAACACUGUUACUGUCCUGUUCCAUUAAAGCUUGGGAAUGUUAACAACAGUUUUGUGUUCGGCAGCAAGCGGAACAUGAAGUUGGUAAUAGAAAAACAAACUGAUGCUUGGGGAUUACUCAUAUUUAUCUCGUAGUUGUUAAAAACCUGGGUGAUUGUAAUUUCUGCAUAUUUGAGUCCUUCAAAAAUCUUUACUGAAAUGAUUACAUAGCCAUACCUGCUUGUUACUGGUAACUUUUUUGCAUGUUGUUUUCCUUCUAUAAGCAACUGUUACUAAAUGUUAAAAUAUCAUCCUUUGUAAAAUGUUCUGUUAAUUCAGUGUUUUUAUUUCUGUAUUCCCCCUAAAUGGGGGGAAAAAACACAUCAUUGUACAGAAAACAUACUAUAUCGCACCUCUUUUGUGAAUUAUGGAUUUCUGAUUAUUGUUACGAAGCACCAGCUAUUCCAGGAAGUGAAAAAAAUUGCUAAAAUGCCCUGGGAAGUAAAGAAAAGCGCUACUAUUUACAGAUUAGAGAUACAGUACAUGGAGAAUGUUACCUGCAUCAUCCAUAUUAAAGUAUUUUUUUGGAUCCUUUAAAUAUUACAAUAUUUGGGUUGUCUUUUUUCCCCUUUAGUUUGCUUGUGCUCACAUUCAAGGUGUAAAAUAUUAAAUCUUGUGAUUUUUGUAUAGCGGUCUGAAAUCACUUCAUUCACAAGACAAGUAUAACUUGCAUGAAAUGAAAUCCUAGAAAUGAAUCUUACUAUCUAAUUGAUUGAUUUUCUGUUAUUGUGUUGGGUAUAACUGCUCAUUUUAUUAUGGAAAGGAUUAAUGUUCGACGAAUUAAAUUUACAUGUGGAAACAUUUGAGGGUCAUUGGCAUGCAGUGUUUAUAGAAAUAAUUUGAGGCUGCUCUUGAGGUUCUUCCAAAAGCUGUGUCCAUCUGCAAUAAACAAUAUAUUACUGAUGA